AUGAACUGCCUGGCUCGAUCACUGGGCCUCAGCUUGUUUCAGGUUAUUGAAACAUUGAUCUUUGCCUAUUUUGCUUUGCUAUCAUUGGUUGACUCACAGGGUCUUUUCCCAAGGCUGGAGAAUGUGGGGGCUUUCAAGAAUGUUUCCAUUGUGCCAACCCAAGCAGUGUGUGGACUCCCACUACGAAGCACUUUUUGUCAUAGCGCUGGAACUGCUGAAAGCAUUCAGUUCUGUACCCAGCGGUUUUGUGUUCAGGAUUGCCCGUAUGGAUCGUCACCCUCUACCUACACUGGCCUUUUCUCAGCAGGCCUCAGGAGCUGCAUCAUAGCAGACAAGAGUGAUCUGCAUCCGAACUCCCAUAGCAACUCGACAAGUUUUAUUUUUGGAAAUCACAAGAAUUGCUUUUCUUCUCCUCCUUUGCUAAGGCUAGAGACAUCCUUUACUUUAGCUUUGUGGUUGAAACCUGAGCAAGAAGGUGUAAUGUGUGUGAUAGAAAAAACGGUGGAUGGGCAGAUUGUGUUCAAACUUACAAUAUCUGAGAAAGAGACCAUGUUUUAUUAUCGCACAGUAAAUGGUUUGCAGCCUCCAAUAAAAGUAAUGACACUGGGGAGAAUUCUUGUGAAGAAAUGGAUUCAUCUUAGUGUGCAGGUGCAUCAGACAAAAAUCAGCUUCUUCAUCAAUGGCUUGGAGGAAGAUGAUACAGCUUUUGAUGCAAGAACUCUAAGAGGUUCAAUUACAGAUUUUGCCUCUGGUACUAUGCAAAUAGGACAAAGUCUAAAUGGUAUUAAUUUUGGCCAAAGUCACAGAUAUCCUUAUAGUCUCUCUCUUGACUCCCACAGAGAGAUUCUAGAAGUCUUUUCUGGAGAUCUGCCCAGACUGCACAUCCAGUCACAUUGCCGCUGCCCGGGCAGCCACCCUCGGGUCCAUCCUGUGGACCAGCGGUAUUGCAUCCCUAAUGAUGUAGAAGACACAACCCAUAAUCGAGUGCUGCGGCUGAAUCCUGAGGCCCAUCCUCUCGCUUUUGUCAACGAUAAUGACAUUGGGACUUCAUGGGUUUCCCCUGUGUUUACUAACAUCUCCCAACUCAAUCAAGGAGUGUCUAUUUCAGUAGAUUUGGAAAAUGGAGAGUAUCAGGUAUUUUAUAUAAUCAUUCAGUUCUUUAGUCCACAACCUACAGCAAUAAGAAUUCAAAGGAAGAAGAAGGACAGUUUCGAUUGGGAGGACUGGCAAUAUUUUGCUAGAAAUUGCAGUGCUUUUGGAAUGAAAAACAACGGAGAUUUAGAAAAUUCUGAUUCUGUCAACUGUCUUCAGCUUUCCAAUUUUGCUCCAUAUUCCCGUGGUAAUGUCACAUUUAGUGUUCUGACUUCUGGGCCAAAUUAUCGUCCUGGAUACAAUGACUUCUAUAAUACCCCAUCUCUUCAAAAGUUUGUAAAAGCCACGCAAAUAAGGUUUCACUUCCAUGGCCAGUAUCAUACCACCGAGGCUGCUGUCAACCCCAGACACAGAUAUUAUGCAGUGAACGAAAUCACCAUCAGCGGAAGAUGUCAGUGUCAUGGUCAUGCUGAUAGCUGCGACAGGACGGGCCAGCUGUACAGAUGCCUCUGCUCUCAGGAAAGCUUCACUGAAGGACUUCAGUGUGAUCGCUGCUUGCCUCUUUAUAAUGACAAGCCUUUCCGCCAGGGUGAUCAAGUUCAUGCUUUCAAUUGUAAACCAUGUCAAUGCCACAGCCAUUCCAGAAGUUGCCACUACAACAUCUCUGUAGACCCGUUUCCUUUGGAGCAUGGAAGAGGGGGAGGAGGAGUUUGUGAUAAUUGUGAACAUAACACUACAGGAAGGAACUGUGAGCUGUGCAAGGAUUACUUUUUCCGACUAGUUGGUGCAGAUCCUUCAGCCAUAGAUGUUUGCAAACCCUGUGAUUGUGAUAAAGUUGGCACUAGAAACAGAAGCCUCCUUUGUGAUCAGAUUGGAGGCCAGUGUAAUUGUAAGAGACAUGUGUCUGGCAGACAGUGCAGUCGGUGCCAGGAUGGAUUCUACAAUCUACAAGAGUUGGAUCCUGAUGGCUGCAGUCCCUGUAGCUGUAAUACCUCUGGGACAGUGAAUGGAGAUAUUACCUGUCACCAAAAUUCAGGCCAGUGCAAGUGCAAAGCAAAUGUUAUUGGGCUUAGGUGUGAUCAUUGCAAUUUUGGAUUUAAAUUUCUCCGAGGUUUUAAUGAUCAUGGAUGUGAGCCCUGCCAGUGUAAUUUCUAUGGUUCAGUGAACAAAUUCUGCAAUCCUCUUUCUGGGCAGUGUGAGUGCAAAAAAGAAGCCAAAGGACUUCAGUGUGACACCUGCAGAGAAAACUUUUAUGGACUGGAUAUCACCACUUGUAAGGCCUGUGACUGUGACACAGCCGGCUCCCUCACUGGGACGAUCUGCGAUGCUAAGACAGGGCAAUGCAUCUGUAAGCCCAACGUUGGAGGGAGACAGUGUAAUGAAUGUUUGGAAGGAUACUUCUACCUACGGCAGAAUAAUUCUUUCCUCUGUCUACCAUGCAACUGUGAUAGGACUGGGACUGUAAAUGGCUCUCUGCUGUGUGACAAAUCCACAGGACAAUGUCCUUGCAAAUUAGGGGUAACAGGUCUUCACUGCAGUCAGUGUGAGCCUCACAGGUAUAAUGCGACCAUUGGCAAUUUCCAAGGCUGCCAGAUGUGUGACUGCGACUCCUGGGGGACAUUUCCUGGGACUAUUUGUGAUCCCGUCAGCGGUCAAUGCCUGUGUUUGCCUAAUCGUCAAGGAAGAAGGUGUCAUCAGUGUCAACCAGGUUUCUAUAUUUCUCCAGUUAAUACCACUGACUGCCUGCCAUGUUCGUGCCAUCCGACUGGAGCUGUGAGUCACAUCUGUGACAACCUAACUGGCCAGUGUGCUUGCCAGGAUGCCUCCACUGCUGGGCAAAGUUGUAACAAGUGUGAAGACCAGUACUUUGGAUUUGAUCCUCAAACUGGAAGAUGUCAGCCUUGUAAUUGUCAUCUCUCAGGAGCCUUGAAUGAAACCUGUCACUCGGUCACAGGCCAAUGUUUCUGUAAACAAUUUGUCACUGGCUCAAAGUGUGAUGCUUGUGUUCCCAGUGCAAGCCAUUUGGAUGUCAACAAUCUGUGGGGUUGCAGCAAAACUCCAUCCCAGCAACCUCCACCCAAAGGACAAGUGCAAAGUUCUUCUGCUAUCAAUCUCUCCUGGAGCCCACCUGAUUCUCCAAAUGCCCACCGGCUCACUUACAGUUUAUUCAGAGAUGAUGUUGAAAUCUACACAACUGACGAUCAAUACCCGUACAAUACUCAGCACUUCUUAGACACUUCCCUGUCUCCGUAUACCUCAUAUUCCUACUACUUAGAGACCAAGAACAUGCAUGGUUCAAUAAGGAGUGCAACCGUCACUUACAGGACAAAACCAGGGAUCCCACAGGGAAACUUGAGCUUAAGUUAUAUCAUUCCUGUUAGCUCAGACUCUGUGACCCUUACCUGGACCGCACUUUCAAAUCAUACUGGUCCUAUUGAAAAAUAUAUUGUGUCCUGCACUUCUCUGGGAAGCGUUCAGCCAUUUGUUUCUUAUGAAGGUCAAGAAACUUCAGCUACCAUCUGGAAUCUGGUACCAUUCACCAAGUACCAUUUUUCUGUACAGGCGUGUACUAGUGAGGGGUGUUUACACAGCAUGCCUGUUACUGUGACAACAGCCCAGGCAUCUCCCCGAGGGCUGAGUCCACCUGAAGUUCGGAAAAUCAGUUCCACAGAGCUUCAUGUAGAAUGGUCUCCACCAGCAGAACCAAAUGGAAUAAUUAUAAGAUAUGAACUAUACAUGAAAAAAUUGAAAUAUACUGAAGAAAAUGUUUCUGAAGAAAGUCGAGUGUUUCAGAGCAGUGGCUGGCUCAGUCCUUACCUGUUUACAGAAUCGGCCAAUGAAAAUGCAUUAAAACCUCCUCAAACAACUGCAACCAUUACUGGCUUGGAGCCAUACACCAAGUAUGCAUUUAGAGUCUUAGCUGUGAAUAUGGCUGGUAGUGUAUCUUCUGCCUGGAUCUCAGAACGAACAGGAGAGUCAGAGCCUUUAUUCAUGAACCCACCAUCAGUCUUUGCUCUCUCAUCCUGCUCUCUCAAUGUGUCCUGGGAGAAGCCACCGGAUAACUUUACGAGAGGAAAAGUUGUGCGGUAUGACAUCAAUAUGAUUUCUGAACAGUCACUUCACCAAUCAGCUCCAGCGGUGUUUUCACAGCUGUUGCACACUGCUAAAUCCCAAGAACGAUUUUAUAUUGUGAAAGGACUGAAACCGUACAGGAUAUACAAAUUUACUGUUUCUCUUUGCAACUCAGUUGGUUGUACAACCAGUGCUUCGGGAGCAGGGCAAACUUCAGCAGCAGCACCAGCCCAACUGAGGCCCCCCCUGGCUAAAGGACUCAACAGCACGUCCAUCCAUCUUAUGUGGUCUCCACCUGAAGAGCUGAAUGGACCCUUUCCUGUAUAUCAGCUGGAAAGGAGAGCGUCUUCUCUCCCAGCUCCAAUGGCCACAAUGAUGAAAGGAGUUCGUUUCCUAGGAAAUGGGUAUUAUAAGUUUCCCAACUCCACUCACCCAGUCAACACAGACUUUACCGGCAUUAAGGCCAGCUUCCGGACAAGGGUGCCUGAAGGUUUGAUUGUCUUUGCAGCAUCACCUGACAACCAGGAAGAGUAUUUUGCACUUCAGUUGAAGAAUGGACGGCCUUAUUUUCUUUUUGAUCCUCAGGGAUCAUCAGUGGAAGUUACCACAACUAAUGAUCAUAGGAAGCAAUAUAAUGAUGGAAAAUGGCAUGAAGUAAUUGCUAUUAGGCACCAAGCUUUUGGCCAAAUCACUCUUGAUGGUCGCUAUACAGGUUCCUCAGCAGCUCUGAAUGGUAGUACUAUUAUUGGAGAAAAUACAGGAGUGUUUGUGGGAGGGCUACCACACAGUUAUACCAUUCGCAGGAAGGAUCCUGAGAUAAUCCAAAAGAGUUUCGUGGGCUGUCUCAAGGAUGUGCAUUUUAUGAAGUAUUACAAUCCGACUGCAGUUUGGGAACCUCUGGAUUGGCAGAGUUCUGAAGAGCAAAUCAAUGUGUAUAACAGCUGGGAGGGAUGCCCCACUUCAUUAAAUGAAGGAGCCCAGUUCCUAGGAACAGGAUUCCUGGAGCUUCAUCCGUAUAUAUUUCAUGGUGGAGUAGACUUUGAGAUUUCCUUCAAGUUCAGAACUGACCAAUUAAAUGGAUUGCUUCUCUUCAUUUACAACAAAGAUGGACCUGAUUUUCUUUCUUUGGAACUGAAGAGUGGAAUAUUGAGCUUCCAGUUAAAAACCAGUCUUACCUUUACACAAGUGGAUCUCUGGCUGGGACUGUCUUAUUGUGAUGGAAAGUGGAAUAAAGUAAUUAUUAAAAGGGAAGGCUCCUCCAUAUCAGCAAGCAUGAAUGAACUGAUGGAGCGUGCGUCAGAGUCCAGAGCCCAGCCAUUGGUGGUGAAUUCCCCAGUCUAUGUAGGAGGGAUCUCACAGGAGCUGCAGGACUCUUACAAACACUUGAGUUUUGAACAAGGUUUCGGUGGUUGCAUGAAGGAUGUUAAAUUUGCACGGGGUGCUGUCGUUAACUUGGCAUCUGUGUCCAGCAGUGCUGUCAGAGUCAAUCUGGAUGGAUGCCUAUCAACUGACAGUGCUGUUAACUGCAGGGGAAAUGACUCCAUCCUGGUUUACCGGGGAAAAGAGCAGGGUGUUUAUGAGACUGGUCUCCAGCCUUUUACAGAAUACUUGUAUCGGGUGAUAGCCUCACACGAAGGAGGUUCAGUGUAUAGUGAUUGGAGUCGGGGACGUACAACAGGCACAGCCCCACAAAGUGUGCCAACUCCCUCAAGAGUCCGCAGCAUAAACGGAGAUAGCAUCGAGGUGACCUGGGAUGAACCUGUGGUGGUUAGCGGUGUAAUUGAGAAGUACAUUCUGAAAGCCUACGACGAUGACGACCCGCAUCCACCUCGCAUGCCCUCUGUCAGUGCUGAGUUUGUCAACACCAGCACUGUGGAAGGCAUAUUGACAGGCUUGCUACCCUUCAAAAACUAUGCAAUAACCCUAACUGCUUGCACUUUGGCUGGCUGUACUGAGAGCUCACAUGCAUUGAACAUCUCUACUCCACAAGAAGCGCCACAAGAGGUUCAGCCACCAGUAGCCAAAUCCCUUCCCAAUUCUUUGUUACUUUCUUGGAAUCCACCCAAAAGAGCAAAUGGCAUUAUAACUCAGUAUUCUUUAUACAUGGAUGGGAUGCUAAUCUAUUCAGGCAGUGAGAAGAGCUAUGCAGUCACAGAUUUAGCAGUGUUUACACCCCACCAGUUUCUGCUCAGUGCAUGCACGCAAGUGGGAUGUACAAACAGUUCCCGGGUCACACUGUACACGGCACAGCUGCCUCCAGAACACGUGGAUUCCCCGAUUCUGACUGCCUUGGAUUCCAGAACUAUCUAUGUACAAUGGAAACCACCAAGGAAAGUAAAUGGAAUUCUGGAACGCUAUCUAUUAUAUAUUUCAAAUCGUACACAUGAUUUUACAGUUUGGACUGUCGUCUAUAACAGUACAGAACUUUUCCAGGAUCACAUGCUACGAUUUCUCUUUCCUGGUAAUAGAUACCUCAUCAAGCUGGAAGCUUGCACAGGUGGAGGGUGCACAAUGAGCGAGGCCAGUGAGGCCCUAACAGGGGAGACCAUACCGGAAGGCGUGCCAACCCCCAAAGCCCACUCCUAUUCACCUGACUCCUUUAACAUCUCCUGGACUGAGCCUGAAUAUCCGAAUGGUGUUAUCACGAGCUAUGGAUUAUAUCUAGAUGGUAUACUAAUCCACAAUUCCUCCGAGCUCAGCUGUCACGCUUAUGGAUUUGCUCCUUGGAGCUUACACUCCUUCAGAGUCCAAGCUUGCACGGCCAAAGGUUGUGCAUUGGGUCCACUGGUGGAAAAUCGAACUCUGGAAGCUCCUCCUGAAGGAACAGUAAACGUGUUUGUCAAAACAGAGGGAUCUCGGGAAGCCCGCGUGAGGUGGGAAGCACCUUUUCACCCAAAUGGACACUUAACAUACACGGUCCUUUUUACUGGGAUUUUCUAUGUAGAUCAAGCAGGUAAUAACUACACCCUUCUCAAUGGCACAAAAAUUAUGCACAGGAGUGACGAGGCCAACCUUUGGGUACUCAUCGACGGGUUGGUUCCCUUUACUAACUACACCGUCCAAGUGAACGUUUCAAAUAGCCAGGGCAGCCUGAUGAGUGAUGCGGUAAUGGUUGCCAUGCCUCCUGGGGCUCCAGAUGGCGUGCUGCCUCCCAGGCUUUCAUCUGCCACUCCAACCAGUCUUCAGGUCGUCUGGUCUACACCAGCUCGUAACAACGCUCCCGGCUCUCCCAGAUACCAACUCCAGAUGAGGCCUCACAACUCCACCCAGGAAUUUCUAGAGUUAUUUCCCAAUCCUUCUGCAUCGUUAAGUUAUGAAGUGAGAGAUCUCCAACCGUACACAGAGUAUAUGUUUCGGUUGGUUGCCUCCAAUGGAUUUGGCAAUGCACAUAGUUCUUGGAUUCCAUUCAUGACUGCAGAGGACAAACCUGGACCUCUAGACCCUCCGAUUCUUCUGGAUGUGAAGUCAAGAAUGAUGUUGAUCACUUGGCAGCAUCCUUUAGUGUGCAAUGGGGUUAUUACCCAUUAUAACAUUUAUCAACGUGGCCACCUAUACUUGAAAACUCCUGGAAAUGUCACUAGUUGCACAGCGAUCAAUUUACAGCCGUACACUGCCUAUAAGUUUCAGGUAGAAGCUUGUACUUUGAAAGGGUGUUCCCUCUCACCUGAGUCCCAGGCUAUAUGGACACUCCCUGGAGCACCAGAAGGUAUUCCGGAUCCAGAACUGUUCUCUGAUACACCAACAUCUGUUAUUAUAUCUUGGCAACCACCUGCCCACCCUAAUGGGUUGGUGGAGAACUUCACAAUCGAGAGAAGACUCAAAGGGAAGGAAGAAGUUACUACCCUUGUGACUCUCCCAAGGAAUCAUUCCAUGAGGUUUAUUGACAAGACUGCUGCUCUUAGCCCAUGGACAAAAUAUGAAUACCGGCUACUGAUGAGCACUUUUAAUGGAGGUACAAACAGCAGUGCUUGGGUGGAAGUUACCACAAGACCCUCACGGCCUGCUGGGGUACAGCCACCCGUGGUUCAUGUGUUAGGACCCGAUGCAGUCAAGGUCACUUGGGAACCCCCACUCAUGCAGAAUGGAGACAUGCUUAGCUAUGAGAUCCGCAUGCCCGACCCUCAUGUGACAAUAACCAACGUGACUUCCUUAGCGUUAAGUCACACAAUUACUCAUCUGAUUCCUUUCACCAACUAUUCUGUCACCGUUGUUGCUUGCUCUGGGGGUAACGGGUAUCUAGGAGGAUGCACGGAGAGCUUACCUACCCAUGCCACCACCCACCCCACGCUACCUCAGGGCGUUGGCCCAUUGUCAGCGAUUCCACUCAGUGAAUCGUGUGUUGGGAUUUCUUGGCAACCACCCUCCAAGCCAAAUGGACCUAACUUGAGAUAUGAGCUUCUGAGACGUAAAAUCCAGCAACCACUUGCAUCAAAUCCCCCAGAAGAUUUAAAUCUGUGGCACAAUAUUUAUUCAGGAACUCAGUGGUUUUAUGAAGAUAAGGGUCUUAGCAGGUUUACAACCUAUGAGUAUAAGCUCUUCGUACACAAUAGUGUGGGCUUUACACCAAGUCAAGAAACAACCGUGACGACACUGGCCGGCCUUCCAGAAAGAGGAGCCAACCUCACUACGAGUGUUCUGAACCACACAGCCAUCGACGUAAGGUGGACUAAACCAACUUUUCAAGACUUACAGGGUGAUGUUGACUACUAUACACUAUUUUGGAGUUCUGCUACCUCAAAUGAAUCUCUAAAAAUUCUCGCAGAUGUAAACUCUCAUGUCAUUGGCCACUUAAAUCCAAACACAGAGUAUCGGAUUUUUAUCUCUGUCUUCAACGGAGUCCACAGCAUCAACAGUGCAGUACUGCACGCAACCACUUGUGAUGGGGAGCCUCAGGGCAUGCUUCCUCCAGAGGUUGUCAUCAUCAACAGUACAGCUGUACGUGUCAUCUGGACAUCUCCUUCAAACCCAAAUGGCGUUGUCACUGAGUAUUCUAUCUAUGUAAAUAAUAAGCUCUACAAGACUGGAAUGAAUGUGCCUGGGUCAUUUAUUCUGAGGGACCUGUCUCCCUUCACUAUCUAUGACAUUCAGGUGGAAGUAUGCACAAAGUAUGCCUGUGUGAAAAGCAAUGGAACCCAAAUUACCACAGUGGAAGAUACUCCAAGUGACAUACCAGCACCCACAAUCCAUGACAUCACUUCGAGAUCUCUUCGGAUUGAUUGGUCGUCUCCAGGGAAGCCAAAUGGAAUCAUUCUUGGGUACGAUCUCUUACGGAAGACAUGGUAUGCAUGCCCUAAAACCCAGAAGCUAAUGGAGGGCCAUGAUAAUGAGCUCUGCAAGGCAGUGAAGUGUCAAAAACCUGAAAAUAUCUGUGGACACACUUGCUAUUCUCCUGAAGCUAAGGUUUGUUGUAAUGGAGUUCUCUAUGAACACCAGCCUGGACACCGCUGUUGUGAAGAAAAGUACAUCCCAUUUGUUUUGAAUUCAACUGGAGUUUGUUGUGGUGGCCGAAUACAAGAGGCACAACCGGAUCAUCAGUGCUGCUCUGGAUAUUACACUAGAAUUCUACCAGGUGAAGUGUGCUGUCCCGAUGAACCGCAGAACCGGGUGUCCACUGGCAUUGGCGACUCCUGCUGUGGCAGAAUACCCUUCUCCACCUCAGGAAACCAGAUCUGCUGUGCUGGGGAACUUCAUGACAGCCACAGCCAGCAGUGCUGUGGGGGACAGAUUGUGAGCAAGGAUUUGGAGUGCUGUGGUGGAGAAGAAGAAGGUGUGGUGUACCGUCACAUCCCAGGUAUGUUCUGUUGUGGGCAGGAUUAUGUGAAUAUGUCAGAUACCAUAUGCUGCUCAGCUUCCAGUGGAGAGUCUAAAGCACAUGUUAAAAAGAAUGACCCAGUGCCAGUAAAAUGCUGUGAGACUGAACUUAUUCCAAAGAGCCAGAAAUGCUGUAAUGGAGUUGGAUAUAAUCCUUUGAAAUAUGUUUGCUCUGACAAGAUUUCAACUGGAAUGAUGAUGAAGGAAACCAAAAAGUGUAAGACUCUCUGUCCAGCAUCGAUGGAGGCCACGGCGGUGGGGGGUGACUUCGAUUUCACCAGCCAUGUUUGUAUCAUGGUAAGAAGGACUCACAAUUCCACAGAGAAGGCAUUAAUGGGAGAAAUAUGUUCCUCGGCUGAAGAAAUCAUUCACACAGGAAGUGUAAACACAUACUCCUUCACAGAUGUGAACCUCCAGCCCUACAUGGUGUACGAGUACAGGAUUUGUGCAUGGAACAGCUAUGGCCGAGGCUUCAGCCAAGCUGUUAGGACCAGCACAAAAGAAGACGUGCCUCAAGGAGUGAGCCCCCCAAGGUGGACCAAAAUGGACAAUCUCGAAGAUGCCAUUAUCUUAAACUGGAAGAAGCCUAUACAAUCAAAUGGUCCUAUUCUUUACUACAUUCUUCUCCGAGAUGGAAUCGAACGCUUUCGGGGAACCUCACUGAGUUUCUCUGAUGCACAGGGAAUUCAGCCAUUUCAGGAAUAUUUCUAUCAGCUGAAAGCUUGCACGGCUGCUGGCUGUGCCACUAGUAGCAAGGUAGUUGCAGCUACUACCCAAGGAGUUCCAGAGAACAUCCUGCCACCGAGAAUCACAGCCCUAAGUGCUACAGCUCUGCACCUGAGCUGGAGUGUCCCUGAGAAACCAAAUGGCGUCAUUAAAGAGUACCAGCUCAAGCAGGUUGGGCAAGGUCUCAUCUACACUGACACCACUGACAGGAGGCAGCAUACGGUCACAGGUCUCCAGCCAUACACCAACUACAGCUUCACGCUUACGGCUUGUACAUCUGCUGGAUGCACGUCGAGUGAGCCUUUUCUAGGUCAGACACUGCAGGCAGCCCCUGAAGGAGUUUGGGUGACACCUCGACACAUUAUCAUCAAUUCUACAACAGUGGAAUUAUAUUGGAGUCCGCCGAAAAAGCCCAAUGGCCUCAUUUCUCAGUAUCAAUUGAGUCGUAAUGGAACUUUGCUUUUCCUGGGUGGCAGUGAAGAGCAGAAUUUCACUGAUAAAAACCUGGAGCCCGACAGCAGAUAUAUUUACAAGUUAGAAGCCAAAACUGGGGGUGGCAGCAGCAGUAGUGAUGAUUACAUUGUCCAGACACCUGUAUCAACACCAGAAGAAAUCCAUCCUCCAUAUAACAUCACAGUAAUUGGGCCUCGCACCGUAUUUGUAGCUUGGGCAUCACCAGGGAUUCUCAUCCCCCAGAUUCCUGUGGAGUACAAUGUCCUGCUCACUGACAGAAGUUUAGUCCCUCUGACCUUCUCUGUUGGUCAUCACCAAUUCGCUCUGCUGGAAAAUUUGGCUCCAUUCACACAAUAUGAGAUAAGGAUACAAGCGUGUCAAAAUGGAGGCUGUGGAGUUAGCAGUCGAAUGUUUGUCAAAACAUCGGAAGCAGCCCCAAUGGAUCUUACUCCCCCUGAUCUUAAGGCACUGGGACCAGCUUGCAUAGAAGUUAAAUGGAAACCACCUAAAAAACCAAAUGGAAUCAUCAUCAACUACUUUAUUCACAGACGUCCUGCUGGCACUGAAGAGGAGUCUCUUUCGUUUGUCUGGUCGGAGGGAGUGCUUGAAUUUGUCGAUGCUGCGGAUACUCUGAGGCCUUUCACACUCUAUGAAUAUCGGGUCAGAGCCCAUAAUUCCAGGAGCUCAGUGGACAGUCUGUGGUCUUCAGCACGGACCCUGGAAGCCCCACCUCAAGAUUUGGCAGCACCCUGGGCUCAAGCCACCAGUGCACAUUCCGUUCUGCUAAACUGGACAGAGCCAGAAUCUCCCAAUGGCAUUAUCUCCCAGUACCGUGUGAUCUACCAAGAAAGAUCAGAUGAUCCAACAUUUAACAGCUCUCUGGUGCAUGCUUUCACAGUGACGGGUACUAGCCACCAAGCCCACCUGUUUGGAUUAGAACCAUUCACAACCUAUCACAUUGGCAUUGUGGCCACAAACCAGGCAGGAGAAGUGUCAAGCCCGUGGACCGUGAUUCAGACCUCAGAAUCUUCCCCAAGUGGACUGAGCAACUUCACAGUAGAACAGAAGGAGAAUGGCCGAGCUUUGCUGCUACAGUGGUCAGAGCCCAGGAGAACCAAUGGUGUGAUUAAGACAUACAACAUCUACAGUGACGGUCUCCUGGAGUACACUGGUUUGAAUCGUCAGUUCCUCUUCCGACGCCUGAAUCCGUUCACUCUCUACACACUGACCCUGGAGGUCUGCACCAGGGCGGGCUGUGCACACUCAGCCCCCCAGCCUCUGUGGACAGAUGAGGCCUCGCCAGAUGCUCAGUUGGCUCCUACAGUCCACUCUGUGGAGUCCAACAGUGUUGAGCUGAGCUGGUCCGAACCUGUUAACCCAAAUGGAAAAAUAAUUCGUUAUGAAGUGAUUCGCAGAUGCUUUGAGGGAAAUGCUUGGGGGAAUCAGACCAUCCAGGCCAAUGAGACCAUUGUUUUCAGAGAAUAUAAUACAGAAAGGAAUACAUUCAUGUUUAAUGACACAGGUUUACAGCCAUGGACACAAUGUGAAUAUAAAAUUCAAACUUGGAAUUCAGCAGGGCAUACCUCUAGCUCUUGGAAUGUAGUAAGGACGUUGCAAGCACCUCCAGCAGGUCUCUCUCCACCUGAGAUAUCCUAUGUGUCUAUGAAUCCCCCAAAACUACUGAUUUCCUGGAUCCCUCCAGAACAGACUAAUGGGAUUAUCCAGUCCUAUAGGCUACAAAGGAAUGGAAUGCUCUAUCCUUUCAGCUUUGAUGCUGCCACUUUCAAUUAUACCGAUGAAGAACUGCUUCCUUGUUCCACCUACAGCUAUGCAAUCCUCGCCUGCACGAGUGGAGGCUGUUCCACCAGCACACCCUCCAACGUCACAACCCUGGAGGCUGCUCCAACAGGAGUUAGCCCUCCAGUUCUCCAGACCGUUAGUGCCACGCAAAUAAAUGUGUCUUGGUCACCACCAUCAAUGCAAAAUGGAGAGAUCACCAAAUAUUUGCUUAGAUAUGAUGGUAAGGAGUAUCAUGCUGGACGAGGCCUGUCCCUCCUAGUUUCCAACCUGCUGCCUUACACUCACUAUCAUUUCUCCCUUGUGGCCUGCACGCAGGGAGGUUGCACAGCUAGUGUGCCAAAAUCGGCCUGGACAAUGGAGGCCCCGCCAGAGAACAUGGAUCCUCCCAAAUUGCAAGUCACAGGUUCAGAAUCAAUAGAAAUCUCUUGGAAACCUCCAAGAAACCCAAAUGGCCAGAUCAGAAGUUAUGAACUGAAGAGGGAUGGGACCAUUGUCUAUACUGGCCUGGAAACACGCUAUCAUGAUUUUACCCUUACCCCGGGUGUGGAGUAUGGCUACACAGUGACUGCCAACAAUAGCCAAGGUGGUGUUCUGAGUGCACUCGUCAAAGAUCGAACCAGCCCCUCAGCACCCUCAGGAAUGGAACCUCCUAAACUGCAGGCCAAGAGCCCUCAAGAGAUCACAGUGAAUUGGGACCCUCCAGUGAGGACAAAUGGAGAUAUUGUCAACUAUACCCUCUUCAUCCGUGAGCUGUUUGAAAGAGAAACAACAAUCAUACACAUAAACGCGAGUCACAAUUCUUUCAGUACACAGUCAUUUAUAGUGAGCCAGCUGAAGCCAUUUCACAGUUACGAGGUACGAAUUCAAGCCUGUACCCCUCUGGGGUGUGCAUCAAGUGACUGGACAUCCAUACUGACCCCUGAGAUCGCACCUCUGAUGCAACCACCUCCCCAUCUGGAGGUCCGGAUGGCUCCAGGAGGAUUCCAGCCCACCGUUUCCCUUCUGUGGACAGGGCCACUUCAGCCAAAUGGAAAAGUUUUAUAUUAUGAAUUGUACAGAAGACAAACAACAUCUCAGCCUGGAAAAUCCAAUCCAGUGCUAACCUAUAAUGGGAGCUCCAGCUCUUUUAUGGAUUCCGAACUAUUGCCUUUCACAGAGUAUGAGUACCAGGUCUGGGCAGUGAAUUCUGCAGGAAAAGCCCCCAGUAACUGGACAUGGUGUAGAACUGGGCCCGCACCCCCGGAGGGUCUCCAUGCUCCCACAUUCCAUGCAAUCUCUUCUACACAAGCAGUGGUCGACAUCAGCGCCCCCGUGAAGCCCAAUGGGAUCGUCAGUCUCUACAGGCUGUUCUCCAGCAACACCAGUGGCACAGAGACAGUGCUCUCUGAAGGCAUGGCCACUCAGCAGACGCUUCAUGACCUGCAACCCUUCACAACCUACUCCAUUGGGGUAGAGGCCUGUACCUGCUUCAACUGUUGCAGCAAAGGGCCAACGGCCGAGCUCAAAACUCAUCCUGCUCCACCCUCAGGCCUGUCCUCUCCCCAGAUCCAGACACUGGCCUCUAGGACAGCUUCCUUUCAGUGGAAUCCGCCUCUGUUUCCUAAUGGUGUCAUUCAAAGCUAUGAGCUCCAACUUUCCACAUCUUGUCCUCCUGAUCCAGCUCUGCCCUGUGCUCCCGGUCAAACAGAGACCAAGUACGCUGGGCUGGAGUGCAGAGCCAGCCUUGGGCAUCUGCAGCCCUACACCACCUACAAGCUGAGGCUGGUGGUGCACAACGAGGUGGGCAGCGCAGCUUCCGAGUGGAUCAGCUUCAUCACCCAUAAAGAAUUGCCUCAGUACCGAGCCCCAUUUUCAGUGGACAGCAAUUUGUCUAUGGUGUGUGUAAACUGGAGUGGCUCUUUCCUCCUGAAUGGCCCGCUGAAGGAGUAUGUGGUAACCGAUGGAGGACAACGCGUGUACAGCGGCUUCGACACCACCCUCUACCUACCAAGAACGGCAGACAGAAUCUUCAUUUUCCAGAUCACCUGCACUACAGAUGAAGGCAGUGUGAAGACGCCAUUGGUCCAAUAUGAUACCGCUACUGGAUUUGGCCUAGUGCUAACAACUCCUGGACAAAAAAAGGGGCCGGGGAGCAAAAGCGCUGAGUUCUACAGUGAGCUGUGGUUCAUAGUGUUAAUGGCGAUGCUCGGCCUAGUCUUGUUGGCCAUUUUUCUGUCCCUGGUACUACAAAGAAAAAUCCACAAAGAGCCGUAUAUCAGAGAGAGACCUCCCUUGGUACCUCUUCAGAAGAGAAUGUCUUCUUUGAGCGUCUACCCACCAGGAGAGACCCACAUGGGACUGGCUGAUACCAAAAUCCCCCAGUCUGGGACACCUGUGAGUAUUCGGAGCAACCGGAGUAUGUCUGUUCUGCGGAUCCCAAGUCAGAGCCAGAUUAGCCAAACCUAUCCCCAGGGCUGUCUCCACCGUAGUGUCAGCCAGCUCAUGGACAUUCAAGACAAGAAAGUCCUGAUUGACGACUCGCUGUGGGAAACCAUUAUGGGCCACAACAGUGGGCUGUACGUAGAUGAAGAGGACCUGAUGGAUGCCAUCAAGGGGUUCAGCUCAGUAACCAAGGAACAUACCACCUUCACUGACACCCACCUAUAA